AUGGAGGUGAAACGGAAAAACCGCGGCACAUUCAGGAUGGACCCCGUACCGGAAAAAACACCUUUUAGAACCAAAAGCAGUAACGUUCGAAAGGAGGUCAUAACACCCGGUGUAAGCGGUGUAUUCAGGCAGGUAUCGGCAUUUUCGUCGUACGUGAGAGCCGCAUGCUCCUUAAACACAACAGCUGGUGGUAUAGGGAAUUUGUUCACUCGCAAAAUGGCGGUCAAUGCAAAUACAUCUUGUCCGUGGCCUAAUACCCAGGACGAUUAUGAAUUACGAGAUGUUAUUGGUGUUGGUGCAACAGCUGUUGUGUAUGGUGCUCUUUGUAAACCAAGAGGAGAAAAAUGUGCUAUCAAGAGAAUUAACUUAGAAAAAUGGAACACAUCUAUGGAUGAACUACUGAAGGAAAUACAGGCCAUGUCCAGUUGCAACCAUGAAAAUGUAGUCACAUACUAUACAAGCUUUGUUGUAAAUGAUGAGCUGUGGCUUGUGUUAAGGCUCCUUGAAGGUGGCAGCUUGCUGGAUGUCAUAAAACAUAAAAUGAAGAUAUCAAAUUGUAAACAUGGAGUCUUUGAUGAAGCAACUAUUGCAACGGUCCUUAAAGAAGUUCUGAAGGGACUGGAGUACUUCCAUAGCAAUGGACAAAUACACAGGGAUGUAAAAGCUGGUAACAUUUUGCUCGGUGAAGAUGGCACGGUUCAGAUUGCUGAUUUUGGCGUAUCGGCUUGGUUGGCGACCGGUCGGGAUUUGUCAAGACAAAAAGUCAGGCACACGUUCGUCGGCACGCCGUGUUGGAUGGCUCCAGAAGUUAUGGAACAAGAUCAUGGUUACGAUUUCAAAGCCGACAUCUGGUCCUUUGGAAUAACUGCAAUUGAAAUGGCAACUGGUACUGCACCAUAUCACAAGUAUCCACCGAUGAAAGUGCUUAUGCUGACGUUACAAAAUGAUCCGCCGAAUUUAGAUACAGGUAAGCUAUCAAUGUUUGAUGUUGUAUUUGAAAGUUAUAUUAGAUACAAGACAGAUUUUUGGAAAUUACUGAUGUCUAGACGGCUAAAAGAUGACGAUAUUGAGGAUUUACUUGCACAAAUAGAAAAUGGAGACAUUUCUGAAGAUGAAGAGGAUAUGGGUGAUAUGAACGAAAUUGAUUAUCACCCGGACCUACGAGAUCUAAUAAGCGAAUUAGAGGACAAUAAUGAUGACGAUGAAGAAUACAAUGAAAAUCCACCUUCGAACAUGGAAGAAGGAUGGUUAGAUCACUUCAAUAGUCCAGCUCCAGGACCUUCGAAUUGUCAACCACAUUCAAGCCUUCUUGGUGUUGCAGCGUGGAGACAACAAACUAGAGAACUUAUAUGGAAAAAUCGUAAUUUGCAAUACAGUGAAGAACAUAUACGUUUCACAGGAAAUACAGACCUUUCCCCUCCACUAGCCGCGCUUGAAACACCAUUCCAAUUUUUCUCCGAAUUUAUGAAUGAGGAUAUACUCACUGUUAUUGUGGAACAAACAAAUUUAUACAUCACGCAAAAAAAUGUAUCCAACUGUCCUCCUGUAACUGCUACUGAAAUCCGUCAAUUUCUAGGUGUAAAAGAUUUUAUGAAAGAUUCUAUAGUACGAGGAACAUAUGAGGAACAAGUAGCUGAUUAUGAAGGCCUUGAUAUCUCGGUAACAUGCUGGAAAGAUAAUAAGGUUGUCACAUUAGCGUCAACUUAUGUAGGCUCCGAACCAGCCGAAACUGUGAAUAGAUACGAUAAGAAACAAAAGAAACAAAUUUCCAUAGCUUGUCCAAAAAUAGUCAAAGAUUAUAACGUCCAUAUAGGAGGAGUUGACCACAUGGAUAGUUUUUUGGGAGAUUACAGAUCUGAACUUGCAGAGACUUUAUGCUCCUAUAAAAAGUACGAUACAAAUAAAAGAGGAAGACCCUCAAGCAAUAAUGUAGAAAGGGAGAUCGAAGCCAAAAAACACCGAGGUCCCGCUAAACCUGUCCCGCCAAAAGAUAUCCGGACUGAUGGUGCCGAUAAAGAUCAGUACAAAAUUUAUGGAAAAACUUUCCGAAAAUUAAUAUGUGAUUGCUUACAAAAAGAUCCGACCAAGAGGCCAACCGCCACGGAGUUAUUAAAGCAUCCAUUUUUCAAAAAAGCCAAAGAUAAAAAGUACCUCACUCAGACUCUAGUCGCUAUAGGCCCUAGUAUGGAAACUAGGGUUCAUAAGGCAAGUAAAAGGCAAACAGGCGCGUCGGGUCGGUUGCAUCGCACCGUUACUGGUGAAUGGGAAUGGAGCGAAGAGGAAGACGAAGGAGCGAAGGCCCCAGGCUCCGAUGAGGAGGCAGCAGAUGAUAAGAAACCGAUGAAUGAACUGCAGAGAGCGGACUCUAGUGGAAGUGACAAUGAAGAGGAAUCUCCAGAAUCUAAGGCUAAUAAAGUGCAAAAUGCACGGCCAACAGAAACAGUUGUCUUUAAUUUGGUUCUAAGGCUAAGAAACGCCCGUCGCGAAUUGAAUGAUAUUCGUUUUGAAUUUAUCACGGGAAAGGAUACAGCGGAGGGGAUUGCUUCGGAAUUAGUCGGGGCAGGACUUGUGGACCCUCAGGACUCAGUUCCCAUAUCGGUGAAUCUUGCCAAAUUACUAGAAGCCCAAAAAUCUUCCUUACAACCGCCAUCAAAGACUGUCACAUUCCAUUUGAACUCUACGGGACCAAACGAGCAGUUCGAUGAUAAAACUCUAGUUGGUUUCGCGCAAAUUUCGAUCAUAAACUAA